CUGAAAACUACGGAUUGAAAAAACGACAUAGAUGGCCAUGAUACUUUUGAAAGGAAACUUGAUAUUCCCGUUGCAAAAAUUACUCCAGACAUAUUUAACAACCGUCUCGAGUGUUAUUCAUUAUUUAAACGUUCCAAGCCUCUCAGAGACUUUUGCGAGAGUCCGACAAACUGACACUUCUCUAUUACCUAUAGUAAGCGUUUGGAGUUUGAUAUCAAGUACAACGGCCGCGUACUGACUUGAAUUCCAAGGUCGUGCGGAUCCAAAAUCGUUGUUCAAAUCAGUCUAUUUUUGCUCAGCUAGUGACUUCUGAACUGAAGUCUAUACUCUGAGGUGUCCCUCGUAUCUCUACUUAUCUAUCUCAUGACCACUCCAAUAACAUCCUGUAUGAACGAAUCGGAGUUUUCAGAAGUCUACCCACCAUCUGAGGAUUCCUACUUAUUUUUGGAUGCUUUGGAGUUGGAUUCUGGAUUUUUGUCCGAAUUGAGGCCCACUUUAACUCUUGAAGUUGGAAGCGGUAGUGGAGUUAUCAGUGCAUUCUUUUGCUCAUCCAUUUCAAAACCACUCUUCCACAUAUGCACCGACAUAUCCCUCACUGCAUGUUACGCUUCUCUACGUGUGCUGAACGUAAAUGUUCCUAGUACAUCGGUGACAUAUGAUGUAAUUAAUUGUUCUUUAGCAACUCCCCUCUUGUCUAGACUAUAUAAAAGUGUGGAUUUAGUCAUGUUUAAUCCUCCCUAUGUACCGACAACGUCAGACGAACACAAAGCUGCUAGUUCGACUAUAGUUGCCUCAUGGUCUGGUGGGCGACUGGGAAGAGAAGUGAUUGACCCAUUUUUAAGUCAAGCUUACAAUUUGCUCUCACCGCACGGCUGCAUUUACUUACUGUUAUCGAAAGACAACUGUCCUGAAGAAGUACAUCUUAUGAUGAAAAAGUUGUCUAAUGGAAGAGUCCGUGCAAAAGAAAUUCUUCAUAGACGAGUUCAUAAUGAAUUUUUAACUGUAUUUCGCUAUAGCUGUUGA